AUGGAUAAUAUUAUUGGUCCAACAGAACAAAGACAUUUUACUGAACAACGUCGACGAUCAGUUGUUAUUGAUUAUUUACUUGCAGCUUCUACUCAUGGAUUACGUGGUGUUGGUCGUGCUUAUUCAACAUGCAAUCGUACCUUCUGGGUUAUUGUAUUCACAUUAGCUACAGGAUUGAUGUUUUACUUUGUUAUACAAUCUAUUCUACAAUAUUAUGCAUAUCCAACACAAACAAAAGUAGAAAUAAAUUUAGAUCUUGCAAUGGAUUUUCCUGCUGUUACUGUUUGUAGUGCAACUCCAAAUCGAUAUGAUAAAACAAAUAUAUCAUUGGUCAAUUUAUUCUAUCGAUUAUAUCCAUCUUAUGCAAAAUUCAAUCAAACUAUACUGAAUUCUUUGUUAGUACCAUUAUAUAUUGACUUAUUUAAUCGAAAUCAAAUAGAAGAAGAGCAAUCGAUUGGAUAUAAAUUAACUGAUAUAAUGUUAUAUUGUAAUUAUAGUGGAAUUGAUUGUUCAAAUGCAUUUGUUCCUUCAUUAUCAUCAAUAUUUGGUAAUUGUUAUACAUUUAAUUGGAAAACAUCAAUACCUUUCUUUACAUUGAACAGUGUUAGUAAUACUUUUGUGAUCAAAGAAGGUCUCCCACUAGGAUUUUAUAUACCACGUGAAAGUUAUUUUCCAACUCUUUCCUAUGAUGCUGGUCUUGUUGUAUUAUUACAUGAUAAUGAUGAACUUCCAUUACCUAAUGAAAAUGGUUGCGGUCUUCAACCUGGUUUAUCUCAUUCGAUCAUUUACCGUAAAACUAUAACAACAUUUUUACCAGCUCCCUAUAGUCAAUGUACAUCAGAUAUAGCUGAUGAUUUACGUUCUCUCUAUGACACAACAUUUAUGAAUCAAACAGCAUCACAAACAGUUGCUUACUCUGAAUCACUAUGUCGAGAAUUAUGUGAACAAGCCUAUGUAUUUUCACAAUGUUCAUGUAUUCUUCCUUCUGCUUUUUUUACUCGACAUAUAUAUACCUUAGAUGGUCAUCUUAUCUCGGCAAAUAUUUGUAAUCCAUUUAAUCAACAAAUACAAUGUGCACUCGACUCUGAACAAAAAUUCGUUGCUAGUGAAGAAUUACAAACAUUAUGGUGUACUCGUUGUGCUCCUCAAUGUCAACAUACAGAUUUUAGUACUGAUCUUAGUGCACAAUCAGCUCCAUCUGAAGCAGAAAUAGAAAACUGGGCUGCCAUAUUAUUGAAUGGAACUAAUACGACUAGUCUAUUAGUUCCUGACGAUUUUGCACAACGUUUCGAUUACUAUUUUGAAAGAAAUUAUUUAAAAGUAUUCAUUGGAUGUGGUAGUAAAUAUGUUACCGAAUAUAAACAAGAAGCUAAAUUGAGUUUUAUUGAUACAUUUUCAGCUAUUGGAGGACAAACUGGAUUAUGGAUUGGUUUAAGUGUAUUGAGUGUCAUUGAAUUAAUUGAACUUCUUUAUCGACUUAUACACAAACUACUUAUACAUCGGAAAAAUACUGUUACACCAAUGACCAUUGUAGUCAAUAGCAAAUAA